AUGGCAACCGUUGAAAAGACCAAAGAGCAGCCUAAGAAGCUCCCCGUGCAAGAGGACCUCUCCGACGGCGAAGACUAUGACAGCGCUGACGAUUACACCGACGAGGAAUAUGAGGAGGAAGUACCGCAGACCAAAAACCAAAAGAAACUGCAACUGCGACGGAAACAACCAGUGCAACAAGACGAGGACGAGUAUACGGAUGAAGAUGACUAUGGCUCAGACGUAUACGAAUACUCCGACGAUGACGAAGCCAUGCAGCCCUACUCAAACGAAAACUCCAACUUCAAACCUCAUGGUGGCAUGGACGUCCUUCAUAAGGAGGAGAAGUCGAUGCUGGACGAAGAGGGCAUGAAGCUGAGAUUGGAAUUGAAUUUGGAGAUCGAGGUUGAGCUGAAGGCACGUAUUCACGGAGAUCUCACCUUAGCCCUCAUGUAA